CGUGCCCGCGGCGCGAUGGCGGUGGCGGUGCUGCGGCCGCUGGACGCGCCGCCGGCCGAGCUGGCUCCGGCCACGGCGCUGCUGCUGGCGCCGCCGGCGCUGUGCGCGGCGCUGCGCGGGCGGGGCGGCUCUCUGGUGCUGGCGGUGCGGCCGGCGGGGCGCGGCGGGGCGCAGCCCGUGCUGCUGAGCGCCGUGGCGCUGGAGGCGGGCGGGCGGCGCGGCGCGGAGCUGUGGCUGCGCGGGGCGCUGCUGCGGCGGCUGGGGCUGGCGGCGGGCCGGCGGGUGGCCGUGUGGCCCGUGCGGCGCCCUCCGGCGCUCGCCUGGGUGCUGCUGGGGGCGGCGGGGCGGGCGGGGCGGCCGGCGGGCGGCGCGGUGCUGGCGCGGCGGGGCGAGGCGCUGCCGGGGCCGGGCCCGGGGCCGGGCCCGCUGGUGCUGGAGGCGCGCCCGGCGCUCCAGGGGUUGCUGGGCAGCGGGACGCGCACUGCCCUCGCGCCCCCGCCGCCGCCCGCCCCGCCGGGCACCGCCCGCGGCCGCGCCCCCGCCGCGCCGCCCCUCGUCUCCCGCUUCGCCGCCACCGCCGCCGCCGGCCCGCGGCUGCGGGCGGUGCCCGGCGGGGCGGGCGGUGGCGGCGGGGCCGAGGUAUGGGUGAGCCGGCGCGGGCUGCUGGCGCUGGGGCUGUUCCAGGGCGAGUGGGUGCGGGUGGGCGCCGAGGGGGCGGCCCGCGAGCACCUGGCGGCGCUGCUGGCCCGGCCGCCGCCCUGGGAGUACCCGCGGGCCGCCCGCCGCUGCCCGGCCGACGGCGCCGCCCUGCUGGACCCCGCCCUGGCCUUCAACCUGGGCUGUGACCCCGCUGUUGCCGCCCACCUUCGCCUGCAGAGGUACGAAAGGACCGGCGCGGCGGAUGGGAAGGGCAGCCGGUCUGUGCUUUCCGUGCCUCCUUUCGCCAAAGAGCUGCACCUAGAGAUCAUCUGCUCGCCGGCCUACUGCGCCCAGGGAGGCUACAGCCGCGUGCUCUACAGGCACUUCGAAACGCCCCGGCUGGCCCAGGAAGGAGACAUCCUGUGUGUUCCAACAUUUGGAAAUACUGAAUUUAUAGAAGCAAAUGCAGACAAGUUCCUAAGGGAAGAGGGAAGUGUUUUCGUUGGAUUAUGGAGGGCUGCAGCUAAGAGUGUUAGCUCACUCGUGAAGGGAAGAAAGGAGAAAAAGUGGUGGCCAGAGCUUUAUUUCAAAGUGAAGAAGAUUUUAGGCAUGGUGGAAGGCGAGCACUCUGAGGGUUACCUGGUGGACACCCAGAACACUUCUCUUUAUCUGGUGGGUUCAACAAACAACGCUGUCCCAUCUGCCCCAGCCUAUAGCAGCCAUGAGUUUUGGAGCAGUUUGUCUCCUGCUGGACUUUCUGAUGUUGUGAAGCAGCUCUGUGAUGCUCUUCGUCCUCACCUAAACAGUCGGGUAAGUGCUCUGAGCAGCAGCACCAGCGUUCUCCUCUCGGGGCCAAGCGGCAGCGGGAAACUGAUGGCUGUCAGAGCUGCGUGUAGCUGCCUCAACCUCCACAUCUUCAAGGUCGAUUGCGUUAGUUUGUGCAGUGAUACCAGUGCAGCCACAGAAGAGAAAGUACAGAUGGCCUUCACCCAGGCCCAGCAGUACCAUCCGUGUGUGCUCCUGCUGAAAGACAUCGAGGUGCUUGGCAGAGACCGAGAUGGGCUGAGAGAGGAUGCCAGGGUCAUUGCUACUCUGAGGCAGCUGCUCCUGGACAGAGACCCAGCACUGAGCCAUCCUGUCCUGGUGAUUGGCACAACCUGCAAGCCCCAGGAUGUUCCUACAGACUUGCAGAGUGCUUUCCUUCAUGAGGUGAAAAUUGAAGCCCCUUCAGAAGAGCAGAGGAGGUUGAUGCUGAGCAUGCUGACUGCUAGUCUGUCUCUGGGCAAAGAAGUGAGCCUAUCCAAGCUGGCCCGUAGGACUGCCGGCUUUGUGCUGGGAGAUUUCUGUGCCUUGUUGUCCCACAGCAGCCGAGCUGCUUGUACCCGCAUCCAAGCCUUGAGUUUUCCAGGCGGACUGAGUGAAGAAGUGGAGAGAGAUUUUUGCGCUGCUGGGUUCCCAGUGCUUGAGGAGGAUUUUAGUGUUGCGCUGGACCAGCUGCAUGACACCCAUUCACAGGCAGUGGGAGCCCCGAAGAUCCCCUCAGUGUCCUGGCAGGAUGUUGGUGGGCUACAAGAGGUGAAGAAGGAGAUACUGGACACUAUCCAGUUGCCUCUGGAGCACCCAGAGCUGCUGUCGCUGGGUCUGUGCCGCUCUGGUCUGCUGCUGUAUGGGCCUCCAGGGACAGGGAAGACCUUGCUGGCAAAAGCUGUGGCAACAACAUGCACCAUGACGUUCCUUAGCGUGAAAGGGCCAGAGCUCAUCAACAUGUAUGUCGGGCAAAGCGAAGAGAAUGUGCGCAAUGUGUUUGCCAGAGCCAGGGCAGCUGCUCCCUGCAUUAUCUUCUUUGAUGAACUGGAUUCCCUGGCCCCCAGUCGUGGGCGAAGCGGAGAUUCAGGGGGUGUCAUGGAUAGAGUUGUCUCACAGCUCCUGGCAGAGCUUGAUGGCCUUCACUCCACCAGAGAUGUGUUUGUCAUUGGAGCCACGAACAGGCCUGACCUCCUGGACCCAGCUCUGCUCCGGCCAGGCAGGUUUGACAAGCUGGUCUAUGUGGGCAUAAACGAAGACCGGGAGUCGCAGCUGCAGGUGCUGAGUGCCGUCACCAGGAAGUUUAAACUGGAUCCAUCUGUGAAUCUCACCACCAUCCUAGAAAAAUGCCCAGCUCAGCUGACAGGAGCUGACAUCUACGCACUGUGCUCAGACGCCAUGAUGUGCGCUGUCAAACGCAAGGUGGAAUGGAUUGAGGAAGGGCUGGAUACUGAGAGCUCUGCUCUGAUCCUGACCAUGGAAGACUUUCUGCAGGCUGCUGCGAGGUUGCAGCCAUCAGUCUCUGAGCAGGAGCUGCUCAGGUACAGACUCAUCCAGCAGAAGUUUGCAGCCUGCUAAUGCUCAGCAAAGCUGGGACUGGAGGAGUGAUGAGAACAGGCCCAAAAAGGCACCCACAUGCUCUUCUCUGAUGCCUCCUGGGCCCCCUUCUUUUGAGCUUGGGUGGAAAUAGUGGCUGUGCAGUUUCCUGAGCCAAAGCCUGAUGGAAAUGCUGCACUGCUCAGCCAGGAGGGUGGUGGGUCCCUCACAUCUGGUGCAGCACAUGGUGGCUGCUGGGAGCAUGGAUGACUUCCUCCUGGGGAGGAAGCUGAAUCCCACGGUUGUGGGCAACUGUAGGAGUCAUCAUGGGUGACAGGGCAUUGGUAGGGGAGCAAGACUCAAACUGCAUCCAGUUUGUCAGCAAAGCGCAGGGCUGGAGGCAGCUGCUUGUUGGAGUGUCAGCCCCUCCCCAGUGAGGGGUGCUGGCUGGAGGGCAGCAGCACACUGCUGCUCCAGCUGGCCUGGACUUAAUGUAGUCUCUGAAUAAAAUACAGGGGUUUUAGCACUAGGUA